CCCGCGCGCGCCGGGGGCCGGGCAGCCUCGCUCUGGCUCGCGCCGCGCCCCCGCGCCCAGUCCGCGCGUCAGUCGGUCCCUAGCGCGGCUGCGGGGUGGAGAGCUGCGACCGGCCCAGCGCGCCCACCUGAGGAGGCGGCGGGGUCCGCAGGCAUCGCGGGAGGAGGACAUCGGAGCCAGGAGACUCGCGCAGCGCCAUGGCCCCCAUUGGCCUCAAAGCUGUGGUUGGAGAGAAGAUUAUGCACGAUGUGAUAAAGAAGGUUAAGAAGAAGGGGGAAUGGAAGGUGCUGGUGGUGGAUCAGUUAAGCAUGAGGAUGCUGUCCUCCUGCUGCAAGAUGACAGACAUCAUGACCGAGGGCAUAACAAUUGUGGAAGAUAUCAACAAGCGCAGAGAGCCACUCCCUAGCCUGGAGGCUGUGUAUCUCAUCACUCCAUCCGAGAAGUCCGUCCACUCUCUCAUCAGUGACUUUAAGGACCCGCCGACUGCUAAAUACCGGGCCGCACACGUCUUCUUCACUGACUCUUGUCCAGAUGCCCUGUUUAAUGAACUGGUAAAAUCUCGAGCAGCCAAAGUCAUCAAAACUCUGACGGAAAUCAAUAUUGCAUUUCUCCCAUAUGAAUCCCAGGUCUAUUCCUUGGACUCUGCUGACUCUUUCCAAAGCUUCUACAGUCCCCACAAGGCUCAGAUGAAGAAUCCUAUACUGGAGCGCCUGGCAGAGCAGAUCGCGACCCUGUGUGCCACCCUGAAGGAGUACCCGGCUGUGCGGUAUCGGGGGGAAUACAAGGACAAUGCCCUGCUGGCUCAGCUAAUCCAGGACAAGCUUGAUGCCUAUAAAGCUGAUGACCCAACAAUGGGGGAGGGCCCAGACAAGGCACGCUCCCAGCUUUUGAUCCUGGAUCGAGGCUUUGACCCCAGCUCCCCUGUGCUCCACGAAUUGACUUUUCAGGCUAUGAGUUAUGAUCUGCUGCCUAUCGAAAAUGAUGUAUACAAGUACGAGACAAGCGGCAUCGGGGAGGCACGGGUGAAGGAGGUGCUCCUGGACGAGGACGACGACCUGUGGAUAGCACUGCGCCACAAGCACAUCGCAGAGGUGUCCCAGGAAGUCACCCGGUCUCUGAAAGAUUUUUCUUCUAGCAAGAGAAUGAAUACUGGAGAGAAGACCACCAUGCGGGACCUGUCCCAGAUGCUGAAAAAGAUGCCUCAGUACCAGAAAGAGCUCAGCAAGUACUCCACCCACCUGCACCUUGCUGAGGACUGUAUGAAGCAUUACCAAGGCACCGUAGACAAACUCUGCCGAGUGGAGCAGGACCUGGCCAUGGGCACAGAUGCUGAGGGAGAGAAGAUCAAGGACCCUAUGCGAGCCAUCGUCCCCAUUCUGCUGGACGCCAAUGUCAGCACUUACGACAAAAUCCGCAUCAUCCUUCUCUACAUCUUUUUGAAGAAUGGCAUCACAGAGGAAAACCUGAACAAACUGAUCCAGCACGCCCAGAUUCCCCCAGAGGACAGUGAGAUCAUCACCAACAUGGCUCACCUCGGUGUGCCCAUCGUCACCGAUUCCACACUGCGUCGCCGGAGCAAGCCGGAGCGGAAGGAGCGCAUCAGCGAGCAGACCUACCAGCUCUCACGGUGGACUCCUAUUAUCAAGGACAUCAUGGAGGACACUAUUGAGGACAAACUUGACACCAAGCACUACCCUUAUAUCUCUACCCGAUCCUCUGCCUCCUUCAGUACGACCGCCGUCAGCGCCCGCUAUGGGCACUGGCAUAAGAACAAGGCCCCAGGCGAGUACCGCAGUGGCCCCCGCCUCAUCAUUUUCAUCCUUGGGGGCGUGAGCCUGAAUGAGAUGCGUUGCGCCUACGAGGUGACCCAGGCCAACGGAAAGUGGGAGGUGCUGAUAGGAUCCACGCACAUCCUCACCCCACAGAAACUGCUGGACACGCUGAAGAAACUGAAUAAAACAGAUGAAGAAAUAAGCAGUUAAAAAAAUAAGUCGCCCCUCCAAACACGCCCCAUCCCACAGCGGUCCACAGCUUCCCACCAUCGCCCGCCUCAGUUCCUUUGCGUCCUUUGCCUCCCCAGCCCUGCACGCCCUGGCCGGCACUGUUGCCGCUGCGUUCUCGUGUUCAGUGAUGCCCUCUUCUUGUUUGAAACAAAAGAAAAUAAUGCAUUGUGUUUUUUUAAAAGAGUAUCUUACAUAUGUAUCCUGAAAGGAGAAGUUCAUGUGCAGUUGGUGUGCAGCAGGAGAAGUUUCUGGACUGUUAGGAUGAACGGACGCCUCCUUCCCGUUAUUUAAGAUUUAUGACCUUGUACAUAGCCCUGGGUGACAUGUGCACAUUGCUUGGGUGUGGAACGGUAGAAAUGUGGGUAUUUUUAAAACCUUGUUUGGGGUCGCUCCUGUCCUUGUUGAGAAUCAUAGAGAUGUCUGUGUUCUUGGAGUAUUGCACGCUGAGGACUAAUCUGUUAUCUUCAUUCCAGUCUCUACCCCUCAGUGCCUGGUCUCAUCCAAAUAACCUGGGAGGUGAUCAUCGGGACAUCUCAGGAGGUCUGAGGUGGAACAGACCUCUUUGCCUUUCCCAGUGUCUCAUGCCCCCAGGGGUGUGGCUGUGGGUGGAGGCUGGGGUGUCCGCACGAAGCCAGGUCAGCGUCCUCCUCCACAGCCCGUAACUGCCUCCUCCCCGGCCUGUGUCCACAGUGCCGUGAUCCUGAGGGAAGUCCUCCAGUCUAAGUCACAGUGCCCCGACAGGUGAAAAGCAAACUCCUGCUGGGAGCCUCCAUCUCUUUGGAAAAACAGUCCGGAGCCUGUGGCCCAGGCCCUUCUGUCCCCAGGCAUCACCCCAACAGCUCAUUUUCCCUAGUCAGCCUUCGUUCAAGGGUCAGGAGUGAACCAGAACAGAUGGGUUCUGGAGGUACCUGAACAGAGGGUUAUGGCUGUGGAGAAGGUUCUUGGCCCAUUGGAUUCACACAGACCCUGUACCCUCUUGGCAAACAUCUUCAGUCAGAUUAUCCUCAGUUUCAGAUACUUCAUAAUACCUUAUUUUGUGUCGUGUGGGGUCAUACGUCAUCGUGUUUGUAAGAGAAGAUGGUCAUUUUAUUCUCUGUAUAAAACUUAGCUCUAAAGCAGAAACUAAAGCAGCAAAUGCAGGAAAGGCUGUCUCGCCAUCCUCAAGACUCAGCAGCUCUCAUUCUCCAGUGGUGAGCACACCAUUUGUCCUGCUGCUGUUGUCGUGAAAUAUAACAGUGGAAGUCACAAAAAUGUCCCCUGCCCAGCCCCCUCGCCGCCCUUGACCUCCCGCAAGCCAUGUGUGUAUUACUCGUCUAGUGAUGUCCUCGCAAAGUGCUGUACACGAGCUCGGCGCCACCUCCACCUCUCUUUCAGAGCCUGCUCCCCGCCCUCUCCGCUCGCUGCAUUGUGGUGUUCUCUUCUCAAGGCUUUGAAAUCUCCCCUUGCACUGAAAUUAGUCGUCAGCUCUCUCCCUGUCUCCCUCCCGACUUAUACGACCUGAUUUCCUUAGGACAGAACCGCAGGCACCCGCUCCGGGUGUCUUACUCCCGCUGCUUGUUCUGUCCCCUUCCUCGGACCAAACAGUGCUCAUGCUUCAGGACCUUGUUUGUCGAAGAUGUUGGUUUCCCUCUGUCUGUUAUUUAUAUGAAAAUAAUUUAUCAAAAGGAUAUUUUAAAAAAGCUAGUCUGUCUUGAAACUUGUUUACCCUAAAAUUAUCAGAAUCUCAGUGUUUGAAAGUAUUGAAGCACAAACAUAUAUCAUCUCUGUACCAUUCUGUACUAAAGCACUUGAGUCUAAUAAAUAAAGAAAUCAGCACCCCUUCCUGGUGUC